UGCACUCACUAACUGUAAGUCGCUCUGGAUAAGAGCGUCUGCUAAAUGACUAACAUGUAAAUGUAAUGUUAUGCCAGUUGACAUGCAUUCAGAGGCCUAAAAGGACAUUCCAUGACCAGGAAUCGAACCCAGGCCACUGCGGUGAAAGCACUGAAUCCUAACCACUAGACUGCCAGGUAGUGGUGUAGCUUUCAGAGUUGCUUGAAAUCACUGCUAGUGGAAUGUUGUAAGGGCUAUGCGUUGUCUCUCACUCAGCAGUUCGUUGCAACCCUAUCCUAAACGAGGGAAGACCUGUUCCAGCUGCACAAUCCCUCACGUCAGUCUAAUAUUACACUGACAAUGGACAGAGAGGAGGGUGGAGGUCCGCUGACUCACUCCCAGGGGCAAUAACAGAGAGAUUAGUCCCCUGAGGAUCUGGGGUAUAAACAUAAUGGACUGGACAGAGAGGAGCAGUCCAGACAUACAGACAGCUCCAGUGACCACAACUCUGGGAUUAAGACACGAAAAUCCACAGACAAUGUCUCAGCCCGGUGAGGUGAAGAAGAAGCGUCCUGUGAUGAAGGAGGAGGACCUGAAAGGAGCCCUCACUAAACUGGGGCUGAAGGGCGAACCCAAGAGUAAGACCUGUGAGGUCAUGGUAGAGUGUGAGCGUAUGGGAAAGGUGGCUCCAUCUGUGUUCAGUGGGGUGAAGUCUGGAGGAGAGACGGUACUGGAGAAGCCUAAAGCCCCAGGAGCCAGCGUCUUUGGCAAGUAGAGCCAGCCAGGGUGGAGAAGUGGUGGCUAUCAUCACUGCAAUGGAGUCAUGACAGGACAGACGGAUGCCUUGACAAACGGCACAGAAGAAGCCAAACCUUGCCGUUAUUGAAUGGUCUGAUAUCUGUUGUGUGAAUGUGUGUGUUUGCCUCAAUUUACUCUUAUACAAAACAUUUUCUUAAAGUACACUGCUCAAAAAAAUAAAGGGAACACUUAAACAACACAAUGUAACUCCAAGUCAAUCACACUUCUG